AUGUCGAAACAACAAGGGAAAAUGGCGAACCUCAUCAACUAUCGUAUGAGAGUUACGCUCGCUGACGGACGCCAACUUACUGGUACCCUCCUCGCGUUUGACAAGCACAUGAACAUUGUCCUCGCUGAUACUGAGGAGUUCCGCCGGAUCAAGCGAAAACCGACCAAAGCCUCUGCCCCCCCAGCUACCACCGCGCCCCAAAUCUCUGAAGAGAAGCGUACGCUCGGCCUCAUAAUUCUACGCGGUAUCCACAUCGUCACCCUCUCAGUCGAGUCCCCACCUCCCGCCGACCCAUCAUCCCGUCUCGGCGCUGCUGCUGGUGGAGCUGCAGGUGCCGGUGUUGCAGCCGCCGGGCCAGGUAUCUCUAGACCUGCCGGAAGAGGACUUCCCAUCAUUGGUAUGGGCGGACCUCCACCUGGUGGACUUCCCCCACAGAUGGGAGCACCCGCAGGAUUGCAGGGACCGAUGAGGAACGUCGGGCUUGGACAAGGUCCCCCUCCAAUGGGCGGUCCUCCUCCGCCAGGUUUCCCUGGUGCGCCGCCUGGUUUCCAGGGUGGUAUGCCAGGUGGCGGACCCCCAGGAUUCCAGCCACCCCCAGGAUUCCAGGGAGGAAGGGGAUUCCCCCCUCCACCAGGGUUCAGAUAG